UUUCGGUGGGGGGUUUUUUAUAUGACUGCCUUACCAUGUACUCAUAUGCACCCCGUCCUGUAGAUCUUUGGUAUCAAGCAUUUCGGUAACGAGUGCUUAAGUCAGCAUUAUCAAUUUAACGAACAUGCCAUGAUCAUUCCUGCCAAAGGUUUUUGGAUAGAAGGAACCAACAAGUAUACCGACCUACCAAAAUCCAUAUCGACUACGCCGGAUGAAACCCUGCCCGAUUACGAUGCGUGUGAAUUGGAGCAUUAUGACCACAAAGCAACCUGGUUCCGAACUUAUUUCGCAGGCCAGGAUUACUUGACCCUCUGCGGGAGCUCCGUGGACAACCCUGUCCUCAUCACUAUCCUUGAGGAAAUGCCCAAUGCCAGUUUGAAAGAGUUGGAUUCGGAGGAGGACGACUCCCCUUCUGAUCAAGAUACCCAAUAUCGUGUCAUUGUGCGCAAAACCACGCCACCGGACAGUCGAACGCUUGUUUCCAGUGCUCAUUUGAAAGUCGGGUCUUCUGCUGCAAGUACGGCCUCAGCCAGCAGUGUCUACAAUGACUUGACCAGCAUUUGGCCGUCCAUUGUGUCCCUCGUGGAUGCCAGCAUCGAUACAUCUGUUCUUCAGGUUGUCCACUCCAAAACUCUACAAUCAAGUGGUGUGGAACAAAAUAUCAUUCGCUUGGAUGAACUUGGAGUUCAUAAUCGUUACAAAUUUGGUGUAUUGGUGGUGAAAGAUGGUCAGACAAAGGAAGAAGAUUGGUUUGCCAAUUCGGAAACACCAGAUGGUUUGGAGCGAUUCUUGAAUAUUGUCUCCAAACGUGUUGAGCUCCAGGGUUACGAAGGAUGGUCAGCAGGACUGGACACUCGAAGUGGUGACUCUGGAACCCACACCUAUAUCAGCAUGCGAGACGAUGCUACCCUGGCUUUCCAUGUUUCCACCCUUAUACCAUCUCGCCCAGUGGAUAAGCAGCAUAUUCAACGCAAACGUCAUAUUGGAAAUGACAUUGUGUGUGUUAUUUUCGUCGAUGGCCGACAGCCUUUUAAUCCAGCCGCCAUUAAGUCGCAGUUUUUACAUGUUUUUAUCAUUGUUCACGAGGAGCUGGUUGAUGAUCGACCUGUUUGGCGUGUGGAGGUGGUUGCCAACGAGAAUGUUGGCAAGUUUGGCCCAGCGUUACCACCCAAUGGCUUGUUUUACAAUUCUGACCAGCUAGCAUCGUUCAUUCAUGUCAAAUUGAUCAACGCGGAAAACGCCGCUUUGAAGUCACCUAAAUUCGCAGCGCCCAACGCACGAGCUCGAGAAGGCAUUCUUCUUAAUCAUAUCCAGCGCAUUAUUGGUCUGGUGCCCGCUGCUAAGAAACGCCAUACGAAGUCUCCAUCGACUCUGUCAGACCCCAGUGUCAACAGCCAACGUGCAUAUGAUUCUGUUGUAGGACUGGAGUUUAACCUACCUGACAAAACCGCCAAGGUGCGACCCAAUGCACUUCCGGGGAUGAGCCGUCGACGCAGUACCCACGAGGCCGGUGGCUUACGUGUGAAGCCGUGGAUUUCCCGCGGUAAGAAAGGCAAGGGCUAUGGUCGAGACCAAGGCACACAUCGCCGGAGUCGAUCGGAAUUGGAUCUGCCCGUCGCUGUAGAGCAGUCGGUGCACGAUGUGACUUUGCUGGAUGCAUCUGAACAAGGUGAUCGCGAUGGGAUUCGAAGCCGUGCACAGACGUUAUUUGCUUCAUUACAACAAUGGGGAGGUCGCUGGAAUGCCUCACCCUACCGACCUCAUGCAGAUGAACAAGAACUCGAUGGCAGGUCUCCAUCUGAAAACGUCUAAAACUGGAAAAUACGUCUGGAGUCCACUCCUUUCUUACCAAGAUUGCAGUAUAAUUUUUUU